GGGGGAUAUUAUAUGCAGUCGGACAUCAACAAGCAUGGAUGGAAACGGAGAGCUAGCUCCACGUAUCUGAAAUCUGUCACGUUUCACACUUCUAAUCAAAGCUGGUCAACAAGGUAAUUUUAAUUCAUCAAUCGGUAAUGUUAAGUAUACACUGACAGUCUUUUUCCGCAUGCUCUGAAACAACCUUACAUCUCUGCGCCACUACAUCCAAUGUUUAUCUUCUUGUAAACAUUUGGUCUGUAUCCGAGUUGUUUCAUCCUGAUUUUUAACAGAGGUGCUUUGAAAUGGAGCCACAACCCAAACGCAGAAAAGAAUAUGAGUGUGACAUCGACUCCUGGGUUGCUUACCCUGUGCUGUCCAACGAGCAGUCUCAAGACAUUGAGCUAACCGAGGCCUUUGCAGCUCCCAUCAUCAACAAGAAAGAAACCUCUCGUUUGAUCAAGGAGUUGGCCAAAGUAUACCCAUUACCUGGACUUCAGCACAUCAAGAGAGUACGGUCAUGCAAGGAUAAGGGCAGCCCUCACCCUCUGGAGGUCAUUGUAUGCCUUGCCAGUGAUGCACCAGUCAUUGGCCGUAGUAAGGAGCUGCACAUAUCUGAUCUGUCGUCAUCCGGUAGAUUAAACUGUGAAGGUCUAGGAUACCCUUUCCUAGUCAAGAUACCAGCAUGCCCUCCUUUGACCAGACCGCAGUUUGAGCAGGCCAGCAAACACUGGCCCACCUCCUUUCACGAGGACAAACAGGUGACUGUGGCCCUGAGGGGCCAGCUGUUCACCUCCUCUCAGAAAUCAAAGAUGCAGGAGUACAUGAUGGCUGCUGUGGCUGCAGCCAGAGCGGGGCAGGAGAGUGGCAUGGAGGCUGUGGGGGCUGCGGUCGUUGACCCAGAGGCAGAGAGGAUCCUCGCUGUGGGACAUGACUGCCAGCAAGGCGGGCACCCACUUCAUCACGCCAUCAUGGUUUGCAUUGACCUUGUGGCACGUGGGCAGGGGGGUGGGGCCUACACCUAUGACAAGUACCCCGCCUGCCAGUCUGUUUUGCCCUAUUCCUCACCCUCUCAAAAACAGGGCGCCACCACCAUGACAACCUGUGGGGUCGUGCAGGACGGGAACAGUGCAGAGGAGAGAGUUGAGCCAUACAUCUGCACCGGGUACGACCUGUAUGUUACUCGAGAGCCUUGUGUUAUGUGUGCCAUGGCGCUAGUCCAUUCUAGGAUAGGCAGAGUCUUCUAUGGGACAGCCUCUACCGAUGGGGCAUUUGGGACUAAAUAUAAAAUCCACGCUCAAAAAGAUCUGAAUCACCGCUUUGAAGUUUUCAAAGGAGUCUUGGACCAACAGUGUGAAGACCUUAACAGGCCUAUACACUAUAUCAAAAUGAAUGCUUAAAGGUUCACAUAAUUGUUACAGGAAUGCUCAACCAUUAUAAACGGAUUAAUCUCAUGUCAGACUACUAGGCACACACAGUUGAUGAACGAGACUAGAUCAACGUGUGAAUUACAUAAGUAACAUUUUACUUCUGGAAGAUUUUGAAUUACAUAACCACAUUUUAAUGUUUUACUUUGUUACUGUGUAAAAUUCAAUGCAAUAAAGUUUUGGCCACUGUGACAU